AUGGAUGUGCAGAAUCGCAGGCGACAAGAUGGCGACGCCUCCCCGUCCCAUGACCGCCAACCGACGAAACGCUUCCAGGUACCGCGUGCCUGCCAGCGCUGCAAGUCGCUGCGGCGAGGUUGUGACGAGCGCCGCCCGUGCCAGAGAUGUCUGCGGGCCGGCCUUGGGGAUGAGUGCCUCAGAGGAGGUUCUUCUUGGCCGGCCGCGGCACCGCUGCCUACCUUCGGUCACGAUGCCGCCGCCGCAUGGGCGAGAGUCGUCGCGGAAGCUCAGGGCCCCGUGGUCGAGGAAUGCUCCCGGCUCUUCUUUGCGUUCUGCCACCCGACUAUCCCGAUCCUCACGGUUGACUACGUGGCCCGUCUCCGAGAUGCCGCCAUGGACCCGCAGACUGGCAUCGAGGCCUGCACACUACUCGUCGCCAUGUGUGCCCAUGUCCUACUUCAUGUCGAGAUCCCCGCGAACAGGGGGCCUGACAGUACCAUACCGAAUGACUACGAGGCAUACGGCAAGGCCCUGCUCGACACAGCGUCGACGGCAUAUCAAACCAUCCAUUGGCCGCCGACUCCGACGCUAGACAGCUGCCUCCUCGCCUUCUUCAUCUAUGCCGGCCAGAACAGACUCGCCCGCCACAGCAAGACCUUUCUGUGUCUGCGGCAGGCGACGACGCUCUGGGUCCUCGUCAGGGAUCAUAAGCCGCCAUCCCCUACCGCCGAAACACUGCUCAACCGGCUCUUCUGGGUGCUCCUCGUGUCAGAACGUUCCCAUGCCAUCCGAUAUGGCCGGUCUAUUGCUCUCCACGUUACGCCCCAUGUGCCAGAAAUCGAUGCCAAUGACACAUCACUUCAUGGUUUCCGGAGUCUAGCAGCCUUGUUUCGCCCAAUCGACUCGGCCUUCAUGGCGAUCAAGAACGAAGAAGCGCUGCUGCUUCCCUCUUCGCCCGACGUCCUGGACCGCGCGGAGCGGGCCAUCAAUUCGGCGAUCCCAACCUCGGCGGCCCUUCAAGACACGCAAAAGGCAAACUUGAGGAUAACCAAGCUCUGGCUGCGCAUCAUCAUUUGGCAACUCCGCCUUCGACUGGGCCUCUUGACCGAGACUUCACACCACCGCAACCUGACCUACCGUUAUCCCGUCGACGUCGCCAAGGAGCUGACACUGUCCACCCGGGACUUGCCCAUUCACACUAUGCACGUUCACGGCAUCGGGUUGACUGAAAAGCUUUUCGACGUCGCCUCGGCCGUUGUGGACGUCAUGGCACAGAUUCCACACACCUCACCCAGCGCCAGGGGCAUGUCUGUUGAGGGGCCUCCGGAGGACGAUCUGGCGUACUUGCGUGCUUUGAUACUCCAACUCCCAGGAGGGCUUACCGUCUACAAUGAGCUGUUGGAGAAGCACAUUCAACAAGCGCUGCCAGCCAUGGCGUCACCGGGUUCGCACACCUCGCCGGGCAGUGUGAGCCUCGUCUCACAUUACAGUCCGACAUGA